CAUAUUUUGGCACAAAUACUAUCAUAGAAGCAUACUAGGGUUAAAAUAAAUUGAGAAUUAUGAGUAAAAUCCUAAUAUCAGUUUUAAGGAGUGCAUCUACAAUUAUAAGACGCCAAAUUAACACGCACUCUCUACUUCGCAACAAGGACAAAUCAGAUCAAGGUAAUGUACAAGAGAACAAUCCAAUCUGUUUAGAGCCUAUAGAGUCCAAAGCUUCUACUGUCAAAAAGCACGAUAAUGCAAUGCGACAGAAGCUCUAUGAGUUUGGAAUAUAUUGCGCUGCAUGUAUGCCUAAAUAUGUUCAGAAAGUACAGAUGCAACAUUGCGAUCAACUGGAACUACUUGUGGCUCCAGAAGGAAUGUUCCCAGUUCUUAGUUUUCUCUGCCACCAUCAGCACGCUUGUUUCAAUGCAUGCUCGGCGGUGACAGCAAUUGAUGUGCCCAGAAGACCGUUCAGAUUCGAAGUUAUAUAUUGUCUGCUGUCAUUGAGAUUUGGAGAACGGAUAAGAGUUAAGACGUAUACUGACGAGCUUACUCCACUCCAUUCAGCGUACUCCCUAUGGAAGGUUUGCAAUAUUUUCGAAAGAGAGGUGUACGAUAUGUUUGGCGUCAUUUUCACUUAUCAUCCGGACUUGAGGAGGAUUCUCACCGACUAUGGCUUCACUGGACAUCCGCUGCGGAAAGAUUUCCCAUUAGUUGGCUACACGGAGCUGAGGUAUGAUGAUGAUCUAAAAAAAAUCGUUUACGAACCAGUUGAGUACGCACAAGAGUUCCGCAGAUUCCAACUAGAGUCGCCUUGGAAUUACAUGAAAAAUUUCCAUGAGGGUUACUCCAAUCCUCCUCCACCUAAGAAAAACUAAAUUUUUGUUAAAUUUCAAAAGUGUAUUUUGUAAACAUUUAUUUAUUGGUGUUGUUAAAUUUCAAAAUACAUCCAGGUAUGUUA